AUGCGGCACUGCGGUUGGACUGUUGACGUUUGCGAGACGGAGGCGGAUCUUGCAAUGGCCCAGGAUGCUCAGCCUGACGACAUCAUCAUCUCGAAGGACAGUGAUAUGAUGGCGUAUCAAUCGCUGACGGCUCUGGCUGUGGUUUCGAGGAAUGACUAUCACAAGAAUAUCUACUCGCUUGGACGAGCAGCCAAUUUCAGCAUCAUCAAGGAGAUUGGAUCAAGCCCAGAUCGUGUCGAGCCUUUGGCCCAAGAGUCACGAGCCCAGCAACUCUUCCGUGUAUUGCAGGACAAGUUCAGGGAGCUUUGCAUCAAGCAUGAGACUCUGAAAAAUAUUCGAGCAGCAGGAGUCAAGGAGAGAACCAAGGACGACGUUGCCAAGCAGUUCAAGCUCAAGUUCUACCGGGAGCCGGCGCAGACCAACAGUGUUUCUAUCAAAAAGUCCAAACCGAAGGGCGACAGAGUCUCAUCUGGACUUCAGAAUAAAUCACUUGCAGAUCUCGACAAGAAUGGUCUCGUGCGGUCGAUGAACUGGCACCACCCAACGUCUUCUUUGGAGAUUGGUACAGUGCGUGCGAACGUCAGACGCGUGGCGAUGGACGGAGUUGCCGGCACUGACGCUCUUACCAAGGAGCGGCAGGAGGUAGUCGAUUGUUCCCAGGAGGCCCCACGGCUGGCUGUGGGCGUGAAGCGUGAGGCUCAGCGUCUUAUUGACCAUUUCGUGGAAAUGCUGAGGGAUCGCAUGGACAAAGAAGGACUCUAUCACGGAGGCGGAGCGGGGGAUACUGUUGUCGGUUUGCGAGUGGACAAGCCUGCGGAUAUCGAUAAGGGUGAGGAGGAUGCCGGCGGCAUCAAGGAGAACGACGACUCCAAUGUCGCGAACAGGCAGGACAAGGAGUUCAGCUUCUUAAUCUCUUUCCUGACGUAUCUCUAUUCAGGAAAUUACCCGAAGGAGAACUCCAAGGCAGGCGGCGUUGCUAAUCAGCUUGUUGUCUGGUUGGUGAAGGACGGGAUACAUGAUCCAGUUCGGGCGCGCAGGGAACUUCAGGAAACCGCACCAUUCACACCGACGUAUUUGGUCCGAUCUGUGUCUGGUCAGCUGGCUGUAGAGCUGAGACGAGUGUAUGGGCAUAGGAGCCGUGAUCUCCACAAUAAGGGAGAUUGCAGCCUUUUCUGGAAGCGUACAUCGCUGAAGGAAAGAUUGGUGCGGUUGGGCGAGUUGGAUAACUCGACCAUCACCUCAGUGAACGACCUUGACACAUGGAUAGCAGGAAAAGAACCCGGUUUUAUCAUCAAGAACUUUGUCGCCGACGUCGCCCCUCAAGGUCUCACAAGUCGACAGCGGAAGCAAGCAGAUCAUCGAUCUGCGGCCAAGCUGUGGUCCUUGGAUCAGAUCCGGAGUCACUUGGUGGAUGUCCAGAAUGAAUGGCUCGACCCCAUUACCUAUGCCACGAAGGGAUAUGUCCUCCGAAACUCUCUAAAGACCGACGGGUUCAGGAUACAGUUGUUGGCAUUCAAGCUUCGAGAGUUUCAGGAUGUUCGAUUUCGCCGUAUCGCAGAGGACAGGCUGCCCUCAAGAUUGACUUCGACUGUUGGCGGAAUCGAUUACUUUCUGCCUGAGAUCAGGGAUGUCAUUACCAGCAAGGACGACGUCGCCAAAUAUUGGCCAGGAGUUCAACCCGAAGAGAUCAAGGCGUUGACUUUGGACGGCGGAAGGCAUGUGUCAUUGGCGCCUCUGCGGAUAUUCCGGACGACUCGCUCAGGACUGGAAACGGCAAGGAGGUCGGCAGGUAACUUCAAGCAUGGAAGGGAUUGUUGCUACCUCUGUGGAACCGACAGCAACGUCGACAUCCUCAAUCUCUCUUCCUAUCCCCAUCUCGGUUUCAACUCAAGAUCAACAGACAACAACCUCGCCUCUGGUGUCAACAAGGACGGUGUUUCACAAUCUGCGUUGAAACAAAAGGCGGUGUAUCAACCAACAUUCCGCUUCCGUCGGUGGCUGGAGGGCGAGAAGCAGGCGUUGCUGGAUGUGGGUGAGGAACACCGAACGAUUGCAGGAAUCGAGACUGAACUUCCACCUUUGAAAGGCGAGGGGGCGAGUGUCAUCAACUACACUGCAGAGCUGAGGCGAGUCGAGGAGAGACUAUUGGAGUUCUAA